UCCCAUCUGAGCGUGCUGGGAUGGCGGCGAUGGAUGCGGAGGGGAAGGCGCCCACCCGGGACCCACAGGAGGUGCCAGAGGGGACCCCCACAGCCCACCCCAUCCCGCCGGCAUCGGGCAGGGGUUCUCCCAUGCACCCAGCGCGUCCGCAACGGAAGGCACCGGCCCAUGGAGCAGCCAAAGCACCGGGACAAGCGGGGGGCCUGGGGCUGCUGCGGGAGCUGGGGGGGCUGCGCCCCACCAUCUGCAGCGAGUGCGGGAAGGGCUUCAGCCGCAGCUCGGACCUGGCGCGGCACCAGAUCACCCACACCGGAGAGAAGCCCUUCAGGUGCGGCGCCUGCGGCAAAGGCUUCAGCCAGAACUCCAACCUGGUGACGCACCGGCGCAUCCACACCGGCGAGAAGCCCUACGGCUGCGGCGCCUGCGGGAAGCGCUUCAGCGAGAGCUCGGCGCUCAUCCAGCACCAGCGGACCCACACCGGGGAGCGGCCCUACGGCUGCGGGGAGUGCGGGAAGCGCUUCAGCGUCAGCUCCAACCUCAUCCGGCACCGGCGCACCCACACCGACGAGCGGCCCCACGUCUGCGCCGAGUGCGGGGAUGGCUUCCGGCACAAGUCCCAGCUCCGUCGGCACCUGAAGCUUCACGCCGGGGACCGCCCCUUCAUCUGCAACGAGUGCGGGAAGAGCUUCAGCCACUGGUCCAAGCUGCUGCGGCACCAACGGACUCACACCGGGGAGCGGCCCAGCACGUGCGGGGAGUGCGGGAAGAGCUUCAGCCAGAACUCGCACCUGGUGCAGCACCGCCGGACCCACACCGGGGAGAAGCCGUAUCGGUGCGGGGACUGCGGCAAGAGCUUCAGCUGGAGCUCCAACCUCAUCCAGCACCAGCGCAUCCACACCGGCGAGAAGCCCUACAGCUGCGGGCAGUGCGGGAAGAGCUUCACGCAGAGCAAGAACCUCAUCAAGCACCAGCGCACGCACUCGGGCGCGCGGCCCCACCGGUGCGCGCAGUGCGGCCGCGGCUUCGCCCAGAGCACCAACCUGCUCAAGCACCAGCGCGUCCACGCCGCCCGCGGCCAGGCCCCCGCCGCCUGCCCCGAGUGCGGGCAGAGCUGCCGCGAUGGCACCGAGCUGGAGCGGCACCGGGCGCAGGCGCACGGGCACGAGCCCUUCAUCUGCGUGGAGUGCGGGGAGAGCUUCGCCCGCAGCGCCACGCUCAACCGCCACAAGCGUGUCCACAAGCCCCUGUUCGUGCCCUGAGGGUGGCACCGGGGAGCAGGGACUGGGCCGGGG